UACACCAGAGCCGAGCACGUCAAGACGACAAGCGAGCCGGAACUAGGUGUACUAAGAGAAUAACAGCGCUGCUGCACCGAGUCCAGCCGGCUCCACGUCCGCUGUUAGCUGCUUUAGCUCGCUUUCCUCGCAAGGCUAUCAAGAUGACUGCAUGGGUUAUUCAGAUGAUGGUGAUGGUGCUCUCUGUCUUUACUGGCAGCAGCCAGGGGAAGAGGGACAAGGUGCUCUACUGUUCUGCAUGCAAGGCAAUCGUGGAUGAACUGAACCACUCAAUCAGUCAGGUGGACCCAAAGAAAACCAUCAAUGUCGGCAGCUUUAGACUCAACCCUGAUGGAACCAUGAAAGACAAAAAGGUCCCAUUCGCUCGCUCGGAGACUCACCUCAGCGAGCUUCUGGACGGCGUGUGCAACAGUAUGAGUGACUAUGCACUCUAUGUGGAUCCCAUCACCCAGCACAAGCAGUACAGGAGGUUUGCUCCCAGAAGCAGUGCUUCCACCGACGACUUCCCCGACUUUAAGAACUUCCAGUUUGAUGGGCCAGAGGCGUCCAAUGACAUCAAAUUCGCAUGUGAAACGCUGGUGGAGGAGUUGGAGGAAGAAAUCAUCUCUGUGCUGAGCCGGGACAGGCAGGAGAACGUGCACGAGGAGCUGUGCAGCAGAGUCUCAGACUACUGUGAAGACAGCAGCCGUGCUAACGAGGAAUUGUAGCAUCACACUGGAUUUUCGGUGCAGCGAGGAGAGACCAGCUUUGACACACAUUUCUGAGAAAAAGGUUUUGAUAAAAAAUGUUUGACAAACAACUGAGACUAUUUUAAGUAAAUAAAAACCAAA